AUGCUCUGGCCGCGAGAGGAGUUCCACGCCGCGUACGGGCAGAUCAAGCAUGACGCGCUGCAGUCUGGUGGUAGCUGCAGCGUGUUGAUCCUCGUGGCUUUUGAUGUGGACGCGCUCUGUGCUGCAGAGAUCCUGACGCGUCUUCUACGCGCCGAUAUGUUGAGCUACUCGCUGUUGGCAGUGCGAGGCUACGAGGACGUGCUCCAGGCUCGCGAGACGCGUAUCCGCGGAGACGACGGGACACUACGAGGCGGCGGAGAGCUUCGUUCAGUCAUCAUGCUGAACUGCGGCGCCAUCGUGGACGUAGCCAAGCUCUUGGCACUACCUUCAUACGUCAAAUGUUACGUAUUAGACAGCCACCGACCCAUUCACUUGGCCAAUAUAUACGACGAACACCAACAGAUCGUAGUGUUCGAUGACGGCGCAUUAUCAUUGGACGAAUAUCCGGCGUUCGGUCCCGACUUAGAAGUAGAGGAUUUUGAAGAAGAAGAAGAAGAAAGUGAGGCUGAAGAAGAAGACGACGAAGAAAGUGACAGCGAAGCUGAAGUGGAGUUCGGUACAGAAGACACUCAAGAUACCGAAAAGGAGGAGAACGACAGUGAAAAGAGAAAACGAGACGAGAAAGAUGAAGACGAAGACAUGGAACAAAGUCCCAAGAGACGAAAAGAAGACGACAGUGAAGAGAAGGAUCAAGUGGACACACUCGUCCCCGCAGAGCCAGUAGAGGAGAGUACUGUGACGGCUAAAAGACGACGUCGUGAGGAGAUCUUGAGAUACUACAGAGGCUCAUUCCACGGCGCUCCUGCUGCCACUGUAGCGUUCGAAUUAGCUCAGCAAGUGAACAGCUCACAGCGUGAUCUGCUGUGGUUUGCCAUCAUUGGAUUGACCAAGCAAUUCGUGCUAGAGGAGAUCGAUACCGACAACUAUAACCUCAUGGUUACACGGUUCCAGGACGAGGUCUUGGCUGUGGAUGCCUCCGCGCCGUCCAGUGGCCCUGGAGCUACUGGAGACGAAGACCGACACCCUGGCUAUGACGACGGGAAGAUCAGCUUUGAAGAGGAAUAUCGCUUCAUGUGCUACCGCCAUUGGUCGCUGUAUGAAGCCAUGUAUUACUCGGACUACGUGGCGUCGAAGCUCGGGCUUUAUCACGACCAAGCUCGUCGUGUUGGUGCACGCAACGCGUCAGGUAACAAUGGCAACGGUGCAGGAGAUACAGAACUGCACAUGUUCCUUGCACGUAUGGGCUUUUCUCUACGUCAAAGCCAACAGAAAUUCUCGUACAUGCCAUUGGAGAUGAAGCAAAUGUUACGUGAGAAGACGCAAGAAAUGGCGCCGAAAUUUGGUCUCCACGACCUUUUCUAUGGCUCUUUCAAACGAACGUUUGCCUUCCAGUAUCAACUGUGUGCAGCUGACGCGGUGUACGGUCUUCAAGCGCUUCUAGAGGCCCCAGAAAGUUACGUCGCGGCAGUCUUUGAGGCCGAGACGCAACACCAGAACAACACAUUCUCCAGUCUAUUCUCGCUGGACUCGAUCUUGUCCUCUAGCGAUAGCAACGACAAGGACGGAGAGGAGAAAGACGCGGAAGCUGACGAAGACUCGCAAGAGGAUUUCCGACAGCAGAACUUCAUGCUAGCGCACACGGCGCUUGCUUGUCAGUCUGUAACAUCCAGUAAACUCAUGGAAAGUGGCAUCAAGGUGUCCAUGUCACUCAAGCAAGCGAUUGUCCGUGUGGGACUCUCGAUCAUGGAGCGAAAACUGCUCGUCCGUGUCAAGCACUUCCGCUACGUGUGUUUGAAUGUUCCAGAGCGGGAACAAGAGCUCUUUGCGAACGCGAACGUGCUUACCCAGUUAGCUCUGUUCUUGCUCAAUGUGCACCGUGCAAGCGGCAAAUGGGGCGGUGUCAACGCAUCAGCCCGGAAGAAACUACAGGAAGACGGCGAGAACGAGGAGGCGGACGCAGAAGAGGAGACAGUGACGAACAAAUCGAUUGUUCCACUGGUACUAAUCACGCGAAACCCGGCGCAGAAUUGCUUCUUGGUCGUGGGUUUGACGUGUCCGUCUACACCUGGCGAGAUCCAUCGGAACACACUCGGAACAGCGUUUAAGUUGGCUGCUGGAGAGACUGGAGCGAACUUUCGACAGGAUGGCUUCACUAGCGCUGUGAUGGAGAUUCAGAUCGACGAGAUUCAGUACUUUGUCGAGCAACUUCACAACGUGCUGGAUGCGUAGCUGAGCUGUCUGUUAGAAAGUACAGUACUGAAUAGAAUACAUUCUUUUGCUACUUUCCUAACACAAACACAGCUUUUACUGUGGGAGAAAUAAGGCAGCGAUUACGAUAUUUGGAGAA